GGAGUGGGAGUGAAACCUGCUUCAGAAAGGUCAGCGUUUUCCUCUGCGAGCCGUGGGUGUGACGUGGCUCAUUUUCUGAGAGAAAGCGUGAAAGUGCCUUUUCUUCGAAGUUCAGUCUCGGCCCCGGGGUCUGGUGGGUCUGCUGCCAGCGGCGGGUCGCCUCAGGGCGGCCGGGAGCGUCGUUCCGACACCGCCGAGGAGCUACAGCCCCUUCUUUCCAAGUUAAUGUUGCCAGGAAUACCUAAGAAUUUAAAGGAAGAAUAUUGAAAAAAUGAUUUCCUGCCGUAGCUGGUGAGGGGUGUCAGCGAUUCACGGGAAAAACGGCGAUCAAGAUUGUCUCAGUGCUAACAAAAGUGAGACACUCGAUUAAGUUCGCUUGAAGAGGCAUGGCAUGCCUUGCAGUUAAUAGAAGCUUUUAAGGGUGAAACUUUAUGGACAUGGCCUCAGAUACAUGGAAUUUUUUCCACUCCAGAAAAUUUGGGCAAAGAUAAUUCCAGCUGAAUUCUGUCCUGAGUGGUAAAGUUCCACAGGUCGAUUGCAGGCUCAAGAUGUGGACAAAAUGUCUGGGAAAAGGGAGAAAUUCAGCUGUUUAUCAUGGUGGAAUGCGGGAAACAUGACAACAAAACCAUUGGUUUUGUGUAAUAUCGCAACAGCAUUUCUGUCUUUAAUUAUUGCAGAGAAAUGUGAAGCCUAUGAUGUGAUGUUGAGGCAAAGUCUCGUGCCUGAUGGGCAGCCUCUUGCUAUUAAAUGUUCACUGGAAAAGAGCUUGAAAAGUGAAGACUACAACUUAACAUGGUAUAAAGUUGGUAACCAGACAGCUGUGCCUAGAGACAAAUUUUCUAGAAUUCAUCAGCAGAAUAAUUUAAUUUGGUUUCUUCCUGCAAUGUUAGAAGAUUCUGGAGAUUAUGAAUGUGUCAUAAGGAAUUUGACAAGCUGCAGGAAAACUUGUACAAAAGUAACAGUUUUUGAGAGGAUUGAUGGUUUAUGCUUAAAUGAAAAAUUUGCUGUAGAGGAGGUGAUAUUCACAUCAUCAUCUGCAAAGGUUGUGUGUCCACACUUGGAUUAUUUCAGGAAUGACAAGAAUAUUCAGCCUGUUCAUUGGUAUAAGGACUGCCAGCUGCUGGAAGGGAAAAGGUUUGUCUUCUCAAACAGGGAUCUUAUAAUUUUCAAUGUGACUGUACAUGAUCAAGGAAACUAUACAUGCGAAACAACAUACACCUACAAUGGAAAACAAUAUAACAUUUCACGAGACAUCAGUCUGACUGUAGAAGUGAGCCCACCAAAAAAGCCCCCAGAAAUAUCUUAUCCAAGAAACAACUCAAUUGAAGUGGAACUUGGCUCACAGGUUACAGUGGAUUGCAAUACAACAGGUGCCGAAGGGUAUGAGGUGUUUUGGACAGGCAACGGUGUGUAUAUUGAUGUAUUUUAUAUGAGCAGAAUUUUUGCAAGUCCAUAUGAGGAGGAAACUUCUUACGAUGGACGCCCUAUGCAUUCUGUAAAGCUAAUAAUUUUGGAAGUGAAUAGUGAAGAUUAUGAACAACCGUUUGUUUGUCAAGCUUCAAAUGCCUUUGGGCAGGUUGCAUCCUAUAUUAUAUUAAAACACAGAGUUCCUGAUAUAAAAAGAUGGCUGACUGGAGGACUUGUCUCUUUGUUAAUUUUAACAUUUAUUACUUCAAUAAUCUACAAGAUUUUCAAGAUUGACUUGGUGCUUUGGUACCGUAAUUCUGUCUGUGCCUUUGCAAGUAAGGAAGAUGGGAAAAUCUACGAUGCAUAUGUCCUGUACACAAAAAGCAGUGGAGGUAGAAGUUUCUAUCGUCUGGAAACCUUUGUUCAUAGCAUACUCCCUGAUGUUUUAGAACAACAAUGUGGAUAUAAUCUCUUCAUAUUAGGAAGGGAUGAUUUACCGGGAGAAGCUGUGGUCAGUGUUACUGAUGAAACCCUUAAGCAAAGCAGAAGACUGAUGAUUAUUUUGGGAUCAGAAACAUCUAGCUGCUGCCUGUUACAAGGCACCUCUGAACAACAGCUAGCUAUGUAUAAUGCUCUCAUCCGUGAUGGGAUUCAAGUGAUUCUUAUAGAAAUGGAUGAAAUACAGGACUGCCCAAGCAUGCCGGAAUCAAUCAGAUACAUUAAGCAAAAACAUGGAGCUAUCCAAUGGAAAGGGGACUUUUCAGAGAAAUCUUGUUCAGCAAAUACAAGAUUCUGGAAAAAUGUGCGCUAUCAAAUGCCGUCCAAGAAAAAGGUAUCUUAUUCUGAAGUAUAUUUGUUGCCCCUAACUUUGAAGAAUUCUGCAGCAAAGGGAAGAUAAGAUGCACUUAUGAAAAUAAUACUGAGAAGGUAAUUCUGAAAUGUGGGGGUUUUUUACACAAAUUCAUUAUAAUAUAAAGUAAAUCUUUUCUUCAGGGAGUAAAAACUACUCAUCCUUUCCCCAAAUUACACCCUAAAAGAAAAACUCUGUGCAACUUUAUUUCUGUUCUGGGUUUUGGAUAAUGAAACAAUUUGUUGUGUUAGUCUCACACAGAUAUGAGAAGUAAACGUUGCUGAUGCUGGUAGACUAUUAAAUAGUCAUGGUCGACAUAAAUGUAAUAUCCACUGAAGAAGCAGCUGUGAAGUCCAUUUUUUAAAAAUUGAAUCUGCAGUUGAUAAAUUAAAAAUCUGUUUCUGUCGUCAGCAUUUUCCUAGUCAUUCUGUUCCUCUUCUUGUUGCCUCUCUGUGAUUGACUUCCUUGUUACUGCAAGAAUCUGCACUGUGCAAGCUUUGGGGUCUGCUCCUGAGCAACGGGCCUCAUCCUUGCUUAUUGAAGGAGUUGGGGAAAUACAUGACAUAGCAGGUAUAUUUAAAACUCCUCACAACCCUAAAUAUGUUUCAGCUGAACAAUUGGUACCAAAUGUGUUCAGCAAAUGGAAUGGAAUCCAUGGCUUUUUAGACAUUUGUUGAAUAAUUCUGUGAUACCUGGUCUGUGGCGUGUUUCUAAACUUAGCCUCUUGAAAUGGUCAGGAAACUGAAAAUACUUCAGAUUUCUUGCAAACUGGAAGCUUUCUAGACUGUGCUGCUACUCUGGAAACCAGAUGUUCUCAUUCCGUGUCUCAACUGUGCUAACUACAAGCACAGAAACGUACUGAGAAUCUAUCAAAGGACUGUGCUUGGACUGGGUAUCCUGGAAAGUCUAGAAAAUGGCCGGUUCUGAAACAUGACCAGGUGCUAAUAGCAAGAAAUAGUAUCUUGUCUAGUUGUGAAAGAAGAAAUUAGAGGCGUGUGGCUAUAUCAGCCUGCUUGGGAGUAGCUUGGUAUUUGGACCCUGAUCCGUUGCUCUGUGUUCAACACCAUGAGAAAACAACAUGCUGCUUCCUUUUCAGGGUGGUCUGAAGUGGCAAGAGUUCUCAUGCUCCAGCCUUGAAGAACAUCAUCUGAAUGCAAAUGUGAAUUCUGCUUGCUUUUUUUGUUCUUUUCUGAAGUUAAGUAGGUUCUUACAUUAUCUUUAUUGGCAGGAUAGCAUCUGUCACUGAAUUCCUUUCAGCUGGUUCUCAGAAGUGUGUAUGCUGUAGAAUAUACUCUUCGUUGGGCUGUGUUGAUGGGAGAGGAAGCAAGGUCCAGGAGUGGAAUGUGUGUUUAAAGUGAAGGAUUUGCAAUAGCAUUUCAUGGUACCUUUUUCUUUGAGAAGAUCUAGCAAAUAAUCCUUAACGAGCAGUGUCUCAUUCUGCUGGCUGUGGGGUUCACAGCAGUGUAUUUUUCCACAGCCUCCAUUGACUAGAGACUUCUUCUGAGAUGUUGCCAUGAAACCUGGACAGGAUAGAUCCAUCAGAUGAGGUACUAUUGUUCUAGUACAUGUUGAAUCAGUCUUCUUUGGAAAUGCAUAAUGUUUAGGCUGGAGCCUUUAAAAAAUAAAUUUAGGAACUAGAGAGUUUAGAUAAUCAUUAUUGUCAAAUUUUUACACUGUGUUUAGAAUUAGACUUGCUCAGAAAAGUGUGGAAAAUUACACUUUCCUUCAAAGAUUUUUUUUUUUCCACUUGUGUUCAAAAACAGAACCCUCUUAAUUUCUAUGUAGAAUGAGAGAAAUAACAAAGAAAAGAUGUUGAAACUGUGGUAGAUUUUUUCAAUGUCUUAAUUUUAUAUAGUUUGAAAUAAAAAAAUACCAGUGACUAGGAUUUCCAGUACUACAGAUAAGUACAUUGAUUUGCAUGGAGUUGUGCUGGUACUUUUUGUUCCUUCUGUGAAUGUGCUGUUAUGAUUUCUGGCCACUUUUUUCAUAGUUCUUUUCAGAGGUUUGCUACAAUAUUCAAGAUAAGCAUUUUCCUACUAAAUGAGACUCCUAAAGACUCUUAAGUGAAGACAGAUGAUUGUGAGUCAGUAUUUAUCUACCUGAUACUUUCUUUUAAACAACCACAUUUAGUAUGAUUAUGUAGGCAUUUUAGUAUUCUUAUGUGAAAAUGAGUGUGGGAGAAAGGUUUCAGUUAUUGUGGUUAAUUGUUAGCUAACUGCUUGAAUGUAGCACAACAUAAAGUGGCUUAUCCUUUUAUCAUGGGACUUUAUUCUGAAGCUGAACUUUGUGUUUUUUUCCCCUUGGAAACUUUUUUUUGCAAGUCACAUAGGAAAACGGACUGUUUUUUGUGGUACAAUAAAAGAAAUCCAGUGGA